GUUCACUCAAAAUUGAGAAUGAUAUUCAACACGAUUCUAACUGUGACACUCCUAGCCAAUGUAACAUUGGCGCUACAAGUGAUGUACGAAGGAUUCCAGCAAUUCAGCGGUUUUGAAACAAUAGAAUUUGCUGUACGAAUAAGGAAAAUUAACCGUACAACGACAGCUGCUACUGGAAAAAUUAUUUUUAAAAAGGAACUAGGCGCAGAUUGCAAGUUUACCAUGCGCUUCUUCCACAGUCCGUUGGGCAAUCAACAGUUCAUUUACUAUCCGAUGAAAAUUCCCGAAUCCGAUGUGUGUUUUUUCUUUAAGUUUAUUUAUCCUGAUUAUGUGGAUUAUUUCAAGGACUACCUUACCAACUUACCAAAGGUUGGUGAAUGCCCGAUUAGCCCUAGAGUGGUGGAGAUGAACAAUCAUAUAAUGGAUUCAAGAAUGUUCCCGAAAUAUAUGCCAGCGGGUUUGUGGAAGGCAGUCCUGACUGGGGAAGGUCUUGGAGAUAACCUUACUUUUGAACUUACCGUAAACAUGCGCGGGGACAACUACUACGGGGGAUGA